GUUACGUAACUGCCCAGUGGAGCCGUGGGGAGGAAAUUAAAGCAACUUUCUCUGUCAAAUCGCUCUUUUCGACAAGCAGAGGAGCGGCUGGGUCUUCACGUGGAGAAAACAGCACAGUGUGACGAUGAAGAUCGCAGUGAUCGGUCAGAGUCUGUUUGGUCAGGAGGUUUACAAGGAGCUGAGGAAGGAUGGACACACCAUCGUAGGAGUCUUCACCAUCCCUGACAAGGACGGCAAAGCUGACCCUCUGGCUGUAGAGGCAGAGAAGGAUGGCGUUCCCGUCUUCAAGUUUCUCCGCUGGCGAGUGAAGGGCCAGGCCAUCCCAGAGGUGGUGGCUCAGUACAAUGCCACAGGUGCCGAGCUCAACGUCCUGCCUUUCUGCUCCCAAUUCAUCCCUAUGGAGGUCAUCGACCACCCCAAACACGGCUCCAUCAUCUACCACCCCUCCCUGCUGCCUCGCCACCGUGGAGCCUCCGCCAUCAACUGGACGCUUAUCCAUGGUGACCGAAAGGGCGGUUUCACAGUGUUCUGGGCUGAUGAUGGACUGGACACUGGACCCAUCCUGCUGCAGAGGGAGUGUGAUGUUGAACCCAACGACAGCGUCAACACCAUCUACAAGAGAUUCCUCUUCCCAGAGGGAGUCAGAGGAACGGUGGAAGCCGUGAGGCUGAUUGCAGAGGGUAAGGCCCCGAGGAUCACGCAGCCACAGGAGGGGGCCACGUACGAGUGCAUCCAGAAAAAAGACAACGCCAAGAUUGACUGGAACCAGCCCGCUGAGAUGCUGCACAACUGGAUCAGAGGAAAUGACAAAGUGCCAGGAGCCUGGGCCAAGGUGGAUGGACAGAAAGUGACUUUCUACGGCUCUGCUCUGGUGGAUAACAGCACCACAGCCACCGGUCAGCCCCUGGAGAUCCCCGGAGCCAGCCGACCUGGCAUCGUUACCAAGGCGGGCCUGGUGCUGUUCGGCAACGACGGCAAGGCGCUGCUGGUGAAAAAUCUGCAGUUUGAGGACGGAAAGAUGAUCGCUGCAGCUCAGUACUUCUCCUCUGGCAGCAACGCUGCUGUGGAGCUGACGGAGGAGGAGAAAAGCUUCGCCGGGCAGAUGAGGGCCGUGUGGCAGAGCAUCCUGACUAACGUGAGUCAGAUUGAAGACUCCACAGAUUUCUUCAGGUCUGGUGCAGCUUCUAUGGAUGUGGUCAGGCUGGUGGAGGAAGUGAAGCUUCGGGCCAGCAGCUGCCAGCUGCAGAACGAGGACGUCUACAUGAACACCACCUUCCAGGAUUUCAUCCAGAUGUGUGUCCGGAAGCUGAGAGGGGAGGACGGUGAGGAGGAGCUGCUCGUCGACUACGUGGAGAAGAACGUCAACAACAUGACUGUGAAGAUGCCUCAUCAGCUGUUCAUCAACGGAGAGUUUGUUGAUGCAGAGGGAGGAAAGACCUACAAGACCAUCAACCCCACUGACGGCACGGCGAUCUGCGACGUGUCUCUGGCCCAGGUCAGGGACGUGGACCGGGCGGUGGCUGCUGCUAAGGAGGCGUUUGAAGAGGGGGAGUGGGGCAAGAUGAACCCAAGAGACAGAGGCAAACUCAUCUACAGGCUGGCUGACCUGAUGGAGCAGCACCAGGAGGAGCUCGCCACCAUCGAAGCCAUCGACUCAGGAGCUGUUUACACUCUGGCCCUAAAAACUCACGUGGGCAUGUCCAUCCAGACUUUCCGCUACUUCGCUGGCUGGUGUGACAAGAUCCAAGGCAGCACCAUCCCCAUCAACCAGGCCAGGCCCAAUCGUAAUCUGACGUUCACCAAGAAGGAGCCGAUAGGAGUGUGCGCCAUCGUGAUUCCCUGGAACUAUCCGCUGAUGAUGCUGGCCUGGAAGACGGCCGCCUGCCUGGCAGCUGGAAACACCGUCGUCCUGAAACCUGCACAGGUGACUCCACUGACAGCACUGAAGUUUGCAGAGCUGGCAGCGAGAGCAGGUCUGCCCAAAGGAGUGGUCAACAUUUUACCUGGAUCAGGCGCUCUGGUGGGUCAGCGCCUGUCAGACCACCCGGAUGUGAGGAAACUGGGCUUCACAGGCUCCACUGAAAUCGGUAAACACAUCAUGAAGAGCUGUGCAGUCAGUAAUGUUAAAAAAGUCUCGUUGGAGCUCGGAGGAAAGUCUCCGCUCAUCAUCUUCAGCGACUGCGACAUGGACAAGGCUGUGCGCAUGGGCAUGAGCUCCGUGUUCUUCAACAAAGGAGAGAACUGCAUCGCAGCCGGGCGGCUGUUUGUGGAGGACUCCAUCCACGACCGGUUUGUCAACAAAGUGGUUGAGGAGAUCAAGAAGAUGAAGAUUGGUGAUCCACUGGACCGCUCCACAGACCACGGCCCCCAGAACCACAAAGCCCACCUGGAUAAGCUGCUGGAGUACUGCCAGACCGGCGUACAGGAGGGGGCUACGUUAGUGUGUGGUGGCAGACAGGUGCAGCGACCAGGUUUCUUCUUUGAGCCCACGCUGUUCACUGAUGUCCAGGACCACAUGUACAUGGCUAAAGAGGAGUCGUUUGGCCCCGUCAUGAUUAUUUCCAAGUUCAAGAGUGGCGAGGUGGACGACGUCCUGAGGCGAGCCAAUGCCACAGAGUACGGCCUGGCGUCGGGUGUUUUCACUCGGGACAUCAGCAAAGCUCUGUAUGUGAGCGAGAAGCUCAACGCCGGCACCGUUUUCGUUAACACCUACAACAAGACGGACGUAGCCUCACCUUUCGGAGGCUUUAAGCAGUCUGGAUUCGGCAAAGACCUGGGACAGGAAGCUCUAAACGAAUACCUGAAGACGAAGGCGGUGACCAUCGAGUACUAAAGUUUGCCCACGACUGACGGAGGUGACUGGAAGCGUGGACACCGACAGGGGAGACCAAGCCUUAACACGCUAACUGACCACAUGAUGCCCAACAUGCUAAAUUAGUCCAACAGGUCACCGUUCAAGCCUCAGCAGGCUGUCCCCAGGCUCAGCUGUGAAGUUAGAGGACAAAACUCUGGUUUAACAAACUUCUUUUAUUUCUAAUACAGUUUAGAUUAGGUCAGAACAUUUUAUAAAAGGUCUGAGCGACCACCACGGCAGACUCCUGAUUUCCUGGCUGUUCAGCAUCUUUUAAUUAUGAAUUUAAAACAAAAACACGGCUCACUCUGACUUUGUAUACUCUUGUACUAAACGGCUUCAUUGUUUUAGAUUAAUAAAAACAACUUUUCACCAACA